UUCCAACGUAAUCAAAAAUGAAUUGAAUACUUUCGUUUCCUUUUUUCCUUCGUGAAUCGUGAGAUAAUUUUAUUCCACUCCUUUUCUACGAAAAUUCGAAGGAAAACCGAUAAAAGAAAGAAUGAAAUAAUACAUUUACCUACAAAUGCAACAAUAAGAAUUUAAAACCUUUUUCCAAGUUGAUUGUUGCAAGUAGUGGAAAUCAUUCCAAUUUUCAAGUGUUUAUCUUAUCGGUUGAGAACUUAUCAUAUGUGUGUCUACAUGGACGAAUUGAUCAGAAUACCAAAGGUGGAGAAUGUUCGUAUGAUCGAUCGAUAUAACGCUCGAAAACCAUUUAUUGGAAAUUUAUUUCUGACAUCGUCUCACUUAGUUUUCAAAGAUCCGGAAUAUAGAAAAGAAGUAUGGCUCUUUUACUCGCACAUAUCAAGCAUUGAAAAAUUAUCGUUGACUACUACCGGAUCUCCUCUUUUGAUUCGUUCCAAGACGUUCUUAUGCGUAACGUUCGUCAUACCUAAAGACCGAGAUUGUCACGAUGUUUAUACUUCGCUUCAACAACUUUCCUUGCCAAGCAGUAUUGAAAACUUGUAUUGUUUUCACUGUAAAUCUAUGCCUGAGAACAUUCCUCAGCCCGCCGGAUGGAACUUUUUUGAUUUACAAGCCGAGUAUCAACGUAUGCAAGUACCGAACGACGAAUGGUGCCUUACUUUAUUAAAUAAGGAUUACAAUCUAUGUGAUACUUAUCCAAAAUAUUUAUAUGUGCCUACUUCGGCUACGCAAAAUGUUCUACUCGGAAGUUCGAAAUUUCGAAGCAAAGGAAGACUGCCUGUUCUUUCAUACCUUCAUAAAAAUAAGGCUGUGAUAUGUCGUUGUAGUCAACCAUUAUCUGGAUUCAGUGCUCGUUGCGAAGAAGAUGAACAGUUACUCAACUGCAUUUUACAAGCAAAUCCGAAUUGCAGUUUUAUGUACGUGGUAGACACUCGACCAAGGAUAAACGCCAUGGCGAACCGAGCCACUGGAAAAGGAUACGAAAAUGAGAAUUUUUAUGAAAAUAUAAAAUUUCAGUUCUUCGGCAUUGAAAAUAUUCACGUAAUGAGAAGUAGUUUGAUGAAGUUGAUCGAAUCUUGCGACUUGAAAUCUUCUUCGGUUAGCAAUUUUCUCGGAGGAAUAGAUGCUAGUGGAUGGUUGCGUCAUAUUAAAGCUCUUUUAGAUGCUGCUUGGUUCAUGACACAAGCUGUUCAAAACGGUAUUUCCGUAGUUGUGCAUUGUUCUGAUGGUUGGGAUCGAACAGCACAAGUUUGCUCUUUAUCUUCAAUUAUGCUCGAUCCUUAUUACCGAACUAUUCAAGGUUAUCAGGCUCUGAUUGAAAAGGAUUGGCUGGCAUUUGGUCACAAAUUCUCUUGCAGAUACGGUUUCAUAGCCGGAGACCAACGUGAAAUAUCACCAAUUUUCACUCAAUUCAUUGAAGCUACUUGGCAACUUACUUGUCAUUUUCCAAGCGCUUUUCAAUUCAACGAAAAGUAUUUACUAUGCUUACAUGAUAAUUUUACUUCUUGCCAGUUUGGUACAUUUAUCGGAAACUGUGAUAAAGAAAGAGCCGAAUUAAGAUUGAGUAGCAGAACGUUUUCCUUUUGGGGUUAUGUUGCUAAUCACAUGAAUGAAUUCAUAAAUCCUUUGUAUUCCACCGAUGAUUCGCAAGAAAUUCUCAAACCAGAGUUGUGCUCUCAAAAUUUUCGAUUUUGGAGAGGACUGUACUGUCGUUUUGAACCCGGCGUCCAUCCUCGUGAAAAUAUUGAAGAUAUAGUUUUAGCCAUAUCCGAUCAUAGUAGUUCGUUAGAAGAUCACAUUAACUUUUUGCAAAAAAAAAUAAAAGGAGUGAAGCAAAUAAUGUCUAACUCCAAGGAUAGAUUCAAAGGUAUAUUCGAAGAUCAGUUCAAAAAAAUGAAUUUGAAUGAUAAAUCGCCUCAAGAAAAACAAAAAAAAGAAAUGACUAACGAAGCUUGCAAAAUCAAUUCGUUGAAUGACUCUCUACCGGUUAUUGAGUAUCAAAACGAUGACGUCAACGGAACCAUCAAUUAUAUGGCUGAUGAAGGCGAAAUGAAAGAUUCGUCAGUUGAAGUUAAUACCGUCGCAACCGAAUGGAAAUCGUUAUGUAACGUCAAGCAUUGUGUUUGUCUAACACCUUUCGAAUAUUCUACCAAAAAAUUUCAUUGCUGGAAGUGCGGAGAUGUAUUUUGUAUACGGUGCAUGCAUAAUCAACACAUAUCGUUACCAGGCCAUUUGAGCAAGAAAACUGUACCAGUUUGUAAGACGUGUUUUUUCAAAAUGACAGGAUCCUCUUUCGAAGAACAUAUUCCUUGAAUAGUGAAUACGCUGCAAUUGACACAAUAACGUAAUUUUCGCUCAAGGAAACUAUUUUUUCCUCGAUACCUCCUAUAAUAUUAUUACAAAUAGCGCAUAUUAAUAUAUACGUACGUUGACUUCAAUCACAGGUCGAGUCAACUCUUUGCUAUAUGUUUUCGUACAACAUUGAUCUCGUAAAGCGAACAAUCAAUAUUAACAAAAUGAAUUCAAGUGCUUAAAACUUAAAUCGUGUAAAAUUUUUACCGGCGUACCACCCCGAAAAUUCUAUUGAUUGAAGAUGAUUUCAAUUUUUAUGUCAAUGUCGGAUUUAUUGCAUAAGUUAUGAAUUACUUUUGAAAUCUUAAUUACCCAAUAUGCUGCGAAACAAAAAUUAAAUUCAAAAACAUUCAUAACAUAAUUGAUGAAAUUGUUUUUGAAAUCUUAAUUAUCCAAUAUGCUGCAAAACGAUGAAUUCAAUUUAAAAAAUAUUCUGAAUUCUACAUUUACUUAAUUGAUUGAUGAUAUGAGGAAUUUUUGAAGUGAGCUUUGGUUCUGAUGUGAAUUAUUUAUGCAUUUGUUUUGUCGCUUUAUUAAACAAUAACAUUCCAAAUCUUGUUUUUGUUUUUUGGAUAUUUAUGUCUAGUCAAAUCCUGUAUUUUACUAAUAUCUAAAUACUAAAUAUUAUAAUCCAUUCGAGAGGUAUACUAUUGAUCUGAUUUUAUGAAAACACUACUCUGAGAAAAUAAUGUAAAAUAAAUGUUAGAAUUGUUUAUACUUAGUUACCAAAGGAAGCGUUUCAUAUCAUUUUUGAGAUUUUGGAUUUACUUUUCAUAAGUCUUAUAAACCAGAGAAGUGUUGUAAAAAUGUAAGACUACUAAACUUCAAUUCCAUGUUGAAGAAAAAGAAAUGAAAACACUAAUUAUAUCAGUUUUACUUUUCAAUGCUUUAAGUAAUCGUUUUACCGUUUACGUGUUUCAUUUAUCUAGGUACAUAUGUAUUUUUUCAGUUUCGUUCGUUGUUCCAUUUUAUAUGUAAUCGAAUUUUUAGCACUAGUUCAAAUAUACCUGUACCACAAAUUA